CGCCCGGGCCCCGCCGCCCCCCGCGCAGCCCGCAGAAAUACAUUAACUUUGAAGUGGAACUAAACAAUGGAACCAGACAUUAUUCGAAUGUACUCCUCAUCCCCUCCACCACUAGACAAUGGAGCUGAUGAUGAUGAUGAAGAUGAAUUUGGAGAAUUUGGAGGAUUUUCUGGUGUAAGCACUGCCGGUGUGGCUUUUGCUGAUUUUGACGCACCAGACUACAGUCAUCCAAAGGAAGAGUUUAUACCCACAAAUCAUUUCAUCCCACUUCAUGAUUAUUCUGACAAUGUAGCUAGCAUUGCAACUUUCACUUCUGUUAAAAAUGUUAAAGAUAAAGACUGCGUUGCAGAGCUUCCUACUCUUACUAAGGAACUUUCUGAUAUGUCAGCUACUAGUACCAGCAAAGAAAAAUCUAAGUUUAGAACUUCAGGUACCACUUUAGAAGAUGUAAACAAAAGAGCGGAACAAAGAGACAACACUGGGAAAUCGGAGUGUCUUUCUUCUCAUGUUGUUAGAACUGGUAUAGUAGUUGAGAGCCAGGAUGAGCAAAUAGAUGCUUGUAAUGGUGAGAAACUUCUGUGUCUAGAGAUUCUAACAAAUGGAUUUGCAGCAUCAGACCCUGUAAAUCCUCAGGGAACAGAAGAUCUAGACAGUAUUGGUGACUCAAAGGGACUGAAAAUUGCUAGCACCCAUAAUACUGAGCAGAAUUUGAACUCAAUGCCUAGCUCAGGUGAAGACUUUGCAGAUUUUGCUACGUUCUCAAACAAAAACCCAAUCCAUUUAGAGGGAACAGGACCUACAGUAUGCACUGUUCUUAAUGAAAGAGACUCUCUGAGCGUUCAGGAGAACAACAGAAUAAAUGGAUUAACUCGUAUUGAAGAAGAGGUUUGCAUUUCAGAAAUUAGUUGUGAACAGGGUCCCUCAGCACUGGAAGAUAAUGAAUCUGCAAUUUCUAGUACAUCUCGAACAACUGGAAGUUCAAUAUGCACUACUGAAAAUGGAGACCACAGUGGGAGGAGAAGACAACAUGGCAUAGAGAAUGGCAAAGAUUUUACUAGAGCUGAUGACUCUUUGGGAACAGAGGACAUCAGGGCUGAUAAGAUCCAAAGCCUAAGGUGUGAUCUUGCAGGAGAAAAAUUGGGUGAUUCUGAAGAUCUUAAGAAUGGUGGAAAUAGUACUGAAGUUGUAGCUUGCAGUGACACACAUGAUGAUGAUUUUGGUGAUUUUGGUUCAGUCAGCAGUGCAUCUCCCACCUUCAUUAAUGCUCAAGAAUCAGUAAAUGCUCUAGAUUUAGAAGGAUCUUCCGAACAGCCCACACAUAUUAGCAAACCUAAUGAUGAAUUUGGUGAAUUCAGGGACAAAAGUACUUUUUCUCAGCAGCCAGCAAAGUUGGAUCAGGCCGAACUAAAUCAGACUGCUGACAAUUUAGAAUGUGAUACUACCAGUAAAACUUCUGGCUUAGACUUCCAGCAUACUACUGAGGUAGAAAAUGGUGAUGAUAGUGAAUUUGGAGACUUUGAUUCAGUGCCAAAACCUCAAGAUGAGAGUGUUGCUUUUCAGGACUCUGAUGACUUUGCGGACUUCAGUUCAGCAGGUUGUAACCAGGCCACAGACUGGAAUGCUUUUGAAGAUGAGCAAAAAGACAGCUGUUCUUGGGCUGCCUUUGGAGAUGAGCAAGCUGGUGAAUCUCAUCAUAGAAAAGAGACGUGGCAGUCACAUAGGACAGAUGCAUCUGCCAGGAUUGAUGGUCCAGUAUUACACAAGACUGACAAUUUUGCUUUAGCAUCUUUCCAAGGAACUACCAGUAAGCAAUCUCAAGAGCCAGCACCUUCGGUUCAGACAACAUUGCUAAGUCGUCUGGAACGAAUAUUUGAAGUCUGUUUUCCUUCCAUACCUGUUCUUGAAAUUGAAGAAGAAAUAAGUUCCUUGAAUCAUUUGUUGGAAGCAGGUGAAAAGCAGAUGACAACUGAGGAGACCUUAGCAAAUACUGGGGAACUGAUGGAUGUGUGGACAGAGCUGCAGGAUAUCCAUGAUGCGUAUGGACUGAGAUACCAGUGGGGUGGCUCCCACAGCAACAAAAAGCUUUUGUGCUCCUUGGGAAUCGACACAAGAAAUAUUCUCUUUACAGGCAACAAGAAACAGCCUGUUAUAGUACCCAUGUAUGCAGCAGGACUGGGUAUGUUAGAGCCUACCAAGGAACCUUUGAAACCAAUAUCUGCAGCAGAAAAAAUAGCUUCAAUAGGACAGACACCUCCUGUAUCACCAGAGAUGAACACAUGUACAUCUGAUCAGUUCCAGGAAUCUCUACCACCUGUCCAGUUUGACUGGAGUAGCAGUGGCCUUACUAACCCUUUAGAUGCUAGUGGAGGUUCCACUCUUCUGAACCUUGAUUUCUUUGGGCCCGUGGAUGACAGUAGCUCUAGCAGCACCACCACAAUCCCAGGUGUGGAUCCUGAGUUGUAUGAAUUGACAACCUCAAAACUGGAAACUUCCAAUGCAAGCAACAGAGUGACUGAUGCAUUUGCAAGACUCAUGUCCACAGUGGAGAAGGCAAGCACGUCCACAAGGAAGCCUAAAAAGGAAGAACAUCUCAGUGAAGAGGCUGCCAAGGUGAUUUCUAGCCUUCCUGACUUAACUUUCAUGCAUGCCAAGGUGUUGAUGUUCCCAGCUACAUUAACACCUUCAACAAGCUGCCAAGAAAAGCACUGGCCCUGGCUCAGGUCGAGGCAUGAAAUGAAGUUGGUUGGAGCCAAGCAGAUUCGCUACCCCCCCAGGAGCAGCCUGUGGACUGUGGAAAGGUGGGAGCAACCUGGCCCCUAGAGCAGCAAAAUCCAGUUUUCCUUCCGUGGCUAAGGCAGCUGUGAGUCAGUGUGCUCGCAAGGUUCGUCAGCGGGAAGAACUGGUCUGAGGAACCGUGACGGCGUUGGAGCACAGCCAGCUCGGGUCUGUGCUGAUGGUGUACCCUGGGCUUUGCUUUCUCCCUGUUUGACAGUGUCAGAGGGCAGGAGACAGAGCAGCUGCUGCUUGCAGAGGCCACUACGAUCCACCGAUGCUCUAGAUCUGGAGAUGUUUGGGGAGGAACUGGCUGGCUUUUGGGGACAUGUGGGCUGGAAAAGCAAGAGGGAAGGAGGACAAGAAAGAAACCUCCCUGCCCAUGAUCCCAGAGGACCUGGCAUACCUGGAGCAUCAGUCCCAGAGGAUGAGUUUUGGAAAGUCGGGAGAGGAGCUGUGGAAGGAGGGAGCUGCCUGGAGAGGAGGUAGACGAUGCAUGCGGGGACCAGGCGGAGAGAGGAGCCCGCAACAACUGAGCCAUGGAGGCAAGUGGGACCACAGAGGCUCAGCGGGAGCAGAGGUGGAGGAGCCUGGAGGAAAGGGGUGAAGUAGAAAGGGGCAGGGAGAAACAGCUCCUUGCACAGCUCUGCCAUGGAGCCAGCAUCCCUACGGACCUGUCUCAGCUGAUCAGUGAGCUGUGGUUCAGAGCAGCUCUACAAAGCGUUGCCUGUGGCUGGAAGGGUUUUUUUUCCCCAAUGGCUUUUCCUUCUGUGGUUUCUCUGGUGAGUACAAGAUGCGUGUGGUCUGGGGAAGCUGGCUCUGCUGUGCGGGCAGGGCCAGGAGCGGGGCUUGCUCCUGUUGCCAGCACCAGGAGGAACGUGCGUCCCUCCAGGUCUGGAUCAGAUAUGCAGGUUAGAUGCAGGGAGCAUUAUCCCUCCUGGGUGAGGGCACCUGGAGCACGGUGGGACAAGGGUGCCUUUUGCUGUCCCCUCCUUACCUCGGUGCUGCGUUUGAGUAUGUUUCUGCCCACAUGGCAUAUACUUGAGCAAGGUUUGCGUAAGCUGGGUGACUGGCUGCAAUACCCCAAUCUUCCAAUUAUUUGGGCCCAGAGAGAAUCUUAGUGGCUGUUGUCAGCUGUGGAGUUGCUGCACUGGCUUGUGGUGAUACUGAGCAGCAGUAGAGCUGAACGCAGACUUGGGCCAGCUCCGGGCCAUCGCUGCCAACCAGGAGCCGCUGCUCAGCGCUGCAGUGACUUCUCUGUCUG